GCUGCGGGUUCGGGGCCGAGUUCGGGGCUGGGGCCGGACCGGAGCCGCCCAGCGCCGGGCGAGGAGGGUCCGGCCGAGCCCUCCCUGCAGGGCGUGGAUGAUGUGACCUACAUUGGUGACAAGGAUGUCCCCAGCCUGCCGCCGCCUCCAGGACAUGAAGCGACACAAGUGACGGUGACGCCGCGCCCGCGGGCCAUGGCCAGCCCGGCACCAUGGCUGCGAUGGACACAAACACAGCUGAGGCGCUGGGAGGGAGAGGAGGAGGAGGAGGAGGAGGAGGAAGACGACGACUUCAAAAGUCGGAUGGACGAGGAUGGAGUCAUCGGGCUGGGGGAGAGCACCCGGAGACCACCGUGGGGUGGUGGUGAGGGACCGGAGGAGGGGUCCCCAGCAGAGGAGGGGACCCCAGCAAAGGAGGGGUGCUGGCACCCACGACGAGACCUGGAGGAGGAAGAGGAGGAGGGCAGCUCUGGGGGGGACGAGGGUCCCUGGGGGGCAGAGAGCGAUGGGGACCCCUACCCUGAGCUCUCCUACGAGGGUCAGUGGGGCUCGGGGUCCAGCGGCAGCCCCAGGGUGUUGCGGGAUGAUCGGGUUCUCUGCCAGCCCCGCGGCUGCAGCACAGACGCUGGUGACACCUCAGGGCUGUCCGACACCAGCCCUGGCCCUGCCACCCCAUCCCGCCAGCAUCGGGGCUGGGGGGACACCAAUGGGGGGCAUGGGCAGGGCUGGACCCCAAGUCCAGCUACCCCAAGUCCACUCCUACCACGUCUCCACGAUGCCACCAGCACCGAGCCAGUCCCCCCAGCCCCUGGUUUUUCCCUCUCGGGGGAGCUGUGGGGCACUGGGACCCCUCCUGCACCCCAGCUACAAAAUGGUUCCCAGGUGCCCAAGAAAGCAGUCCCCAGGGUGCGGCCCCCCAAGCCCGGCCGGCAGUCCCCGUCCCUGCGCCCUCAACGGCGGCAGAUGGGUGACAAGGAGGGGCCGGAUCCCUCAGGACCGGGUGGUACCGGGACAUCCGAGGGCACCCAGUACGGCCGAGGGCGCCUCAAUCACCCCCUGCCCGACCUCUCGAAGGUGGGGGCACGGGUGAAGAUCGACCAGAGCUACCGACCGCCCCGGAGCCGAGCCCUGCCCGCCCACCCCAGGGCCCCCACUGCCCCCCUGGGGUUCAAGUCCCCGGCAGAAAUCGUCCGGGAGGUGCUGCUGAGCAGUGGGGAGGGGGUCCCUUCCCAGACCACCACCACCACCACCACCGGGCUGCCUCAGGAGUUCAGGUCCCCCCAACAAGCCACCCAGUUGGUGCAGCAGCUCCAGGAUGACUACCACAAGCUGCUGACAAAGUACGCCGAGGCCGAGAACACCAUUGACCAACUGCGCCUGGGGGCCAGGGUGAGCCUGUACACUGACCCACCACGGCCCAGCCACAGCCUGGCCACUAGCAUAGUGGCCACCAGCAGCCAAGUGGUGGCCCUCAGCAUCCCACGGGCCAGCAUGGCAGCUUUCAGCAUGGCCUCAGACCCCCCAGACCCCUCCAGUGGAGCUCCAUCACCAGGACCACCAGCCCGGGAGGGUUCACCCCAACCUUCUUUCCCCCCCCAACCCUUGGAGGGCUGCCCCACCUGCCCAGGGUUCUCCUGCUGCCCAGGGACCCUGCUGACAGGGACACUGGCGGGACAGACCCACAAGCUGCAGGCACAGGUGGAGUCCUUUGAAAGCUGGAUGCAGGCGGGGAGCCCCGCACCCCAGGAACUGCUCCAGAGGUUCAGGAAGCUGAAGGAUGUGCAGGAUGCACUGGAGCGGGCAUACCUGCAAGCCAGGCACCAGCUCCCGGGGGGCUCGGGGGACUUUGAUCCCGACCGCGCGGUGGAAGGGGAGAUUUUCCACCUGGGGUUGCGCCUGGAGGAGCUGAAGGAGCGGUUGGAACCCGGGGCCAGGCAGCAGCCCCCCCCCCAGCCCCCAGCCCGGCCCUGCUCCCCCGAGAUGCCCCCGCAGGGGACAGCAGGUGACAGUGAUGAGGUGACAGGGGGUGUGCCCCGGCGCCUCUGGCAGAAGCAGCUCCGAGUGGAGGAGGAUUUCAGUGACCUGCUGGCACAGUACAAGCACUUCAAGUCCUUGCCUGAGUCGCUGAGCCUGGAGCAGCUGAGCCUGGCAGAGAGUGGGACCCAGGAGGAGGUGGAUGGACUUACAGCAGGGGAUGGUGACCCCUGCAUGGUCCCCUGCAGGACACGGUCACUAGAGGAGGGGGUUGACCUUGAGACCUCCCCCUUGCACCCUCCAGAGAGAAGAACUGCACCACUGCCCCCCAGGAAGCUCCUAUGGCCAGGGGGGACACAGGGCCACAUGUCCCCUGCCACCACUGAGGAGCCACCACCCACAGCCAAGCCCCUCCUGGGGCCCCCCGAGCCACCACGGGUGCCUCUGUCCCACCGAAGCAGCACUGCCCCUCAGCACCCUCCCCACAAGGAGCAGCGCAUCGUGUCACCAGAGACAGACAGUGGCUUCGUGGGCUCAGAGGCCAGCAGGGUGUCACCCCCCGUGCACACCCCCGAGCACCGGCCUUCCGGCACUGGGACCCCCGGCUCGCUGGGACCCCCUGUCCCCAUCCUCUCCACCCUCUGUCCCCCUCCACGGAAGAGAGAGGUGACCCCGCUUUCCUCCAAGAUGGCUCUGGUGGGCAUCUACCCAGCAGGUGGGCAGGAGGGCAUGGGGACCCCCCACCCGCCCCCCUGCCCCCCCUGGCAGAGCAGCCCACCACCCCGCUGGGCCAAGAGUAGGGGCAGCAAGGCAGGACCCCACCCAGGACCUCACCAGGAUGGGGGUCUCUCCUCGGGGGGGGACACCUCCACCUCCCACACCACCAACCCGGGCUCACCGUGCCCUCCCUCCUCCCCACCGUGCACCGACUCGGAGGUGGAAGGCAGGAGUUGUGCCAGCACUGGGGGUCACCCCCCCACCACGGCCAGGGGCCCAGCCAGCCCCCCACUGCCCCCCAAGACACCGUCCCCCACCCCACUGUCCCCCAGCCCACCACCCCUCUACCCGGAUCACUGUGACCUCCUGGGCUACCGGAUGGAGCGUGACCGGGCCAUCCGGGCACUGCAGGACGAGGUGUGGAGGCUGCGGCGGAGGCUGGAGGAGAGCCUGGGACACCCCAAGGGGAAAGUUCCCCCAGCCAGGGGACAGCUGGUGGCCAGUGGGCCAUCAUCCCCCAAGGACACAGCACCCUCAGGGGAGCCCAUCUCCCCUGUGAGGGGCAGGGGAGUCCCCAAGGUGACAGCCGUGAGGAGGGGGAGGUCAGCAUCACUGCCGCGGGACAGACGGGAGCUGGACCUCACCUCCGAGUCAAACCCCUCGCCCAGCGGGCCCAGGACCGACCCUUCCCCUCGGAAGAGUCCUCGGAGCCCCUCGGGGGCGGUGACAUUUCGGGGACAAUACACAGGGACAUGGUACCAGGCGGGGAUGCCACGUGUCACCCUGGCACCCCAAGAAGAGCCGGGACCCCCGGGGUGCGCCCGGUGCCACAGGAGAGGGACCCCGGCAGCCAGCUCCUGGGUGGAUGAUGCAGCCAGGCAGCCCCAGCACAGCACCCCGAGGAGGACACAGUGUCCCACCUGCAGAGCACCCAUGGGUGCCCCCACACCUGGUGUCAGGGACAAAGCCAGGCACGCAGAACGUGGCUCUGGUGACACGUCCCCCCCAGGCUCCCGCGUUGGACCCCACACUGAGAAGCUGCAGAAUCCUGGAAUUUGGUACCUGGCAGGCAGCCCCUCUGCCCCCCCUGCCACCAGCCCCUGCCUGGCACCCAUCCCCCUCGUGCCUUAUGCACCCUCCCUGCUCUAUUGCUCCCCAGUGGUACCUACCUCAGCCCCAGCCAUGGCCGGGGUCCCCUCCCAGCCCCCCGUGGGGCAACGGCAGGCAGAGCAGCCCCCCAGCCCCCCACCACUGCCCCCCAUGGCUGCCUGUCCCUGGAGGAGCUGGAGGAGCUGAACUGGACACUGAGCCGGGCAGUGGAGGUUGCCCAGAGCAUGAAGACCACCACCACCCGCAUGAGCAGGACCCUGACCAGCCAGCUGAGCCGAGCACGGGACCUGAGGAGCUCCUGCCUCUUCUGAGGGCAACCGGACCUCCUGAGCUGCCCCUGCCCUCUGGGAGGGGGGUGGGCUCUCCAGCACCAUCCCUGUUCCCUGCCAGACCCCAGCAACCAAGGCUGGAGGCAUCUCUUGGGGGUUCUGCUCCAGCUCCCCUGGACCUCCUGCAUUCCUUGUCCAUUGGUCCAUCCGUUUUUUUAAGACCAUCCAAGCUGUAGGAACAUUGGCAGAGGUCUUCCAGGCCCUGCAGAACCUUGGGGGGAAUGGCACCAUCCCCCCAGGACCAAAAGGGUAUCCAAGGCAGAUGCUGCCCCAAGCUGAGCACUUCCUACAGCAGCACCCAUUGGUAUUUACCUCUGUGCCUGUGUGCGUGUUUUUUCCCAAAUUUUAGGCACCCUCCAGGGGCUGGAUGCCCCCCCUCCACCC